UUGUUACAUCACCCUAAUGCUCCUCCUAUGAUUCAAGCUAGUGAAAUUGCUGUAUUGAAAGAGGUCGUAAAAAUUCUCAAACCGUUUGAAAAAGUAAGCGAGGAGAUGUGCAGUGAAAAAUAUGUCAGCGCAAGCAAAGCUAUUCCCAUUAUAAUAUGCCUGAAACAGUUUUUGGAAAAAACAGAUCCUUUGCAUGAUUUGGCUAUCCAAUUAAAAAAUUCAAUAAUAAAUGAAUUUAAGAAAAGAUUUGAGCACAUACAAAAAGUUCAUUUAUUUAAUACUGCAACAUUUUUAGAUCCUCGUUUUAAAAAAUUACAUCUUGAUGACGGAGCAUCUUUGGCAAGAACUGUAAACUACAUUAGACGAUCCAUUGAAGAAAACCGAGAACCUGAGCAUUGCCCUCUGUCAAUAACUUCGGCCGCUGAUAAUGUCGAUAAUGAUGACAUUUGGGAGACCCACAACAAGCUGUUAUUGGAGACUAUGAGAACCAGUCAAAGUCACAGUCAGACAUCCGAAUUAAGCUUGUACAUAGCUGCGCCUCUAAUAGGACUAAAAGAAGACGCUUUAGAAUCCUGGAGAAGCUAUGAGGGAGUUUAUCCCCAACUCAUACAGUUAGCGUGUAAGCACCUAUUGGUACCUGCUUCUUCGGCUCCAGCACAGAGAUUGUUUUCGAAAGCUGGUGCCAUAUUAACAAAGACCAGGAGCCGAAUAUUAUCCAAACGCUUACCUAAGCUGUUAUUCCUGAACUCGUUGCCUACGGAUUUCUAG